CGGACAAGAAAGGAACAUGGCUCCUUCCUGUGGUUGAGCCCUGACUGCAGUGACCACCCAUCCACCCGUCCACCCGUCCACCCGUCAUGGUUAAUCCUAGCCGCGUAAAACCCCAGCUUGAAGCAGGGGCGUCCCGCCGGCCUCAGCCGCCGCGACCGGGCGAGCCCGCCGCCUCCCGGGCCAGGCUUUCUGUUCCCGCGGCCAGCGCAGAUGGCUGCGGCGGCCUCGCGGCCCCGGGCCUCCCCUCCCCCGGCGGCCUCCGGGAACAGCGCGGGCUGGAGAUAGAGAUGGAGCGAAUCCGCCAGGCGGCUGCUCGUGACCCCCCAGCAGGGGCCUCGGCCUCGCCUUCUCCGCCUCUCUCGGCGUGUUCGAGGCAGGCGUGGAGCCGAGAUAAUCCAGGCUUCGAGCCCGAGGAGGACGAGGACGAAGAGGACGACGAUGAGGAGGUGGAAGGCGAGGAAGGCGGGAUGGUGGUGGAGAUGGACGUGGAGUGCCGGCCGGGAAGCCGAAGGUCCGCUGCCUCCUCCGCCGUGACCUCUUCGUGCGCCAGCGGCUUGGGGCUCGGCAGUUUCCACGGCGCCAACCUCCCGAGCGGCCGCCGGAGGAGGAGAGAGACCCAGGGCACCCUCGGCUGCUCCAGUCCGGCCGGUCCGGGAGAGGUGCUGCACCGCCACCUACCCCUGGACGGGCCUCCCCAACCGCAGCCACCGCCACCGCCCCUGCCGCCGCCCCGAGUGCCCGGGGCCAAAAGACUGCUGCGGGCACUGCGAGGUCUCUGGGGAACAAGACUGAUGGAAGAAAGCAGUACAAGUCGAGAAAAAUAUCUAAAAAGUGUUUUGCGAGAAUUGGUUACAUACUUCCUUUUUCUUGUGAUUUUAUGUAUCUCCGUCCAGGGCAUGGAACAUAUCCCCUACAGAUACAUUGGCCCCGCUCUCUAUGCUGACAGUUGUUCUGCCAGAUUAUUGGUUGAGUUCCCAGCAACUGGUGGUGUGAUUACCUCUUGGCAGUUUCAGCCUGUGAAGCUGAUUCACUACAUCUCAACAUUUGAUUUCUUCCUGGCAACCUGUGAGAUCACCUUUUGUUUCUUCAUCUUUUACUAUAUAGUGGAAGAGGUUUUGGAAAUUCGUAUUCACAAAUUGCAUUAUUUUAGAAGUUUCUGGAACUGUCUGGAUAUCAUGAUUAUUGCGCUGUCAAUAGUAGCUAUAGGAAUUAACAUCUAUAGGAAAUCCAAUGUAGAAUUGCUGCUGAAAUACCUUGAAGAUCAGAAUACUUUCCCCAACUUGGAGCCUCUAGCAUAUUGGCAAAUACAGUUCAACAAUGUGGCAGCAGUGAUGGUCUUCUUUGUCUGGAUUAAGCUUUUUAAAUUCAUCAACUUCAACAGAACCAUGAGCCAGCUCUCCACUACCAUGUCUCGCUGUGCCAAGGACCUUGUUGGCUUUGCAAUUAUGUUUUUGAUUAUUUUUCUUGCAUAUGCUCAGUUGGCUUACCUUGUCUUCGGCACUCAGGUUGAUGACUUCAGCACAUUCCAGGAAUGUAUUUUCACUCAAUUCCGCAUCAUUUUGGGAGAUUUCAACUUCACUGAACUUGAGGAAGCCAACCGAUUUUUGGGACCCAUUUAUUUCACUACUUUUGUAUUCUUUAUGCUCUUCAUUCUUUUGGGCAUCUCACUGCAGCUUUUGACAGCCUUCAUCCUCAGCCUCCUCAUUCAAGUCAGGAUUUUGUCCAUUCUGCAGGAGGAUCUGGACCUGGAUCACAGCUCUUUGCCCCGACCCAUGAGCAUUCGAAGUUUCCCCCGGAACCUAGAUGAUUCCGAAGAGGACGAUGAUGAGGACAGUGGGCAUAGCUCUCGAAGGAGGGGCAGCAGCUCUAGUGGAGUUUCUUAUGAAGAGUUUCAAGUACUGGUUAGACGAGUGGACCGGAUGGAGCACUCCAUUGGCAGCGUUGUCUCCAAAAUUGAUGCUGUCAUCGUGAAACUGGAAAUCAUGGAGAGAGCCAAACUGAAAAGACGGGAAGUAUUGGGAAGGCUACUAGAUGGAGUGACAGAGGAUGAAAGACUUGGUCGUGAUAAUGAAAUCCACAGGGAGCAGAUGGAGCGACUUGUGCGGGAAGAAUUAGAACGCUGGGAAUCUGAUGAUGCAGCUUCCCAAAUAAGUCAGCGCUUAGGUACUCCUAUGGGACUAAAUGGCCAGCCUCGUCCUAGGGGUUCCCGUCCUUCAUCCUCUCAGUCUACAGAAGGCAUAGAAAGUGGAGGGGGAAAUGGAGGUGCUAGUAUCCAUGGGUAGUCUGUACCUUUCUGAUUGGAAGUAAACAAAUUCUGUGUUGCAGUAAUAAAUAUCCUAUUUAUAUCUCCUGACCAAAGAUCUGAUGUACGGUGGUCCCUUUGACCAAUUUUUUUUUUCCACUGCACUUUAAUUUAUUGUACAUAAAGUUUUCCCCUAUAGAUGAAGGAAGAUUUUUCUUUUUCUUUUUCUACUCUUUUGAGUAUAGAAAUGAACAAAUCUCUUUUGAAGAAUACUAAAAGCAGUAGUGGGUGGUUGUUGUGAAUCUUACUAUAUAUCACAUCAAUGGACGAUAAAAGUAACUUUCUGAAGUAGCAGCAGUAAUGCUUUUAAGGAAAAAAAUUUUUUGUUUCCAAACCAAAAAUAAGUUAAUAUUAUGUCAUAUUUGCAGUAUAGUUGAGGGAACAUGGCAAUGCUAACUUCAGCUCAGAUUUUCUAAAUACUUCAUAUCACAUCAACCUUAGUUCUUUGUUUUACUUUUAAUUGAAAAAAAAAAAGACUUGUUUGUUCCAAUAAGGUGUCCAAAUAUAGGUGAAGGAUAGGAGAAACAGGAACUCUUAAGCCAAAGAAUGAAUGGUCCUACUUGGAAUUUCUUUGAUUGAUUAGCUUGUUUAAUGUUUAAAAUCACUGUUUGCUUCUAUGUUGUCUUAUUGAACCUAUGUAUAAAACUAUACUAACUAACUAUAUAUGUAUAUGUAUAUAUAUAUAUAUAUAAUAUGAACAUUGGUUUGAAUGGAUUAAUAGGAAUAUGAAUAUUUGGCAACUUUUUGAUAAAGACAACCAAAGAUCUCAGUGUGACCUCUGUAACACAAAAUCAUUGAAUAAGAUUAGAAGAGAGGUGGAACUCUGGCUAUUUAUUCCCUAAAUUAAUAAAUAUCUUAGUAUAUUUAGGUAAGAGAAAGAAAAAGAAAAAGAUGUUUUUACUUCUCAAACCAAUAAUAUAUAGUCAACUGAGGAAAUUGGUACUGACUCACUAAAUUUAUGUACUAAAAGAUUCAGAUUUUAUAAGAAUUACUUUAUUAAGAUGUUACUAUUAGGAUAGCAUAUAACCAGAAUGACCCAAUUGUGUGGAAAGAAAUUUUUUGUAUUGAAAGUCAAAUCAUCCCUGAAAUAUUUGUUUAUUUUGAAUUUAUAGACUAACAGGUAAGUUGCCAAAUUUUGGAGCCUUAUGUUUCCAAGUAGAGAUAAUAUAUUUGCCUGACCAAAAAGAAAAAAAAAUGAAUUCUGAGAUGUGAAAAGUUCUGUAAUUAACUGAAAGCUAAUGUCACAGUGGAUAAAGUGCCAUUCCUAAAGUUAGGAAGAUUCAAUUUCCUGUUUUCAAAUCUGACCUCAGACAGUAC